AUGAAGCUUCCCUCUGCGCCGCCUGCGACCACCGCGUCCACCAUGCCAACAAGCUCGCCAGCAAACACACUCGUUUCUCCCUCCUCCAUCCUUCUUUCAAAGACUCCCCUCGCUGCGAUAUUUGUCAGGAGAGGAGAGCGUUUCUUUUUUGCAAAGAAGAUCGAGCGAUUUUGUGCAGAGAAUGCGACAUUCCGAUUCACAGUUCGAACGAACACACACAGAAGCACACUCGAUUUCUUCUCACCGGAGUAA